AUGUCUGAAGUAGCGGAAACUUGGAUGGAGACCUUGGUGGCAAAACUAAUCAACUAUGACUACAAACAUUUUAUAAGAUUGGUGAUAAUUGUAGGUGGUUAUCUGCUCUUAAGAAAUAUUGCCUCCAGAGAGUUGGCGAAGAAGCAAUUAGCUGCCCAAGUAGAAAAGGACAAACGAGACCAAGAGGAAAAAAGGUCGAAAGAGUUGAUUGACAGACCAGAUGAUGCUGCAACGGCAGAAACAACUUCUUUCGGUUGGGGUAAGAAAACUAGAAGAAGAGUUAAAAGACAACAGGAGCUGUUUGAAAACGCUUUGGAGGAGGCCAAGAAAAGAAACCAAGGAACAGACCCAGAUAGUGAUGCUGAUAUCGAGGAAUUAUUGGAUGAAUAG